AUGUACCGGGAGCUGCAUCAGAGAAAGUUCAAGUCCGUCAAUGAAGAGCUCGACUUCUUGCGAAAGGACUUUGUGGCCUCUCGAAAAACGCUUGCCUUGCUUCACGAGGACAACCUCCGCCUCGAGCGGGAGCUCAUGGCGCGGGUUGUCGAGAUAAACGAAGUGCAGGGGAAACUGGAAGACGCGCAGAGGGAGGCUGAGCAGGAAACCCCGAGCCAGUCCGGGCGGGUCUGCAGCAGCGGGAGUCGUGGCCGGAUGUGCAGCGGCAGCAGUUGUGAGAAACAGGACCUCGAUGACUUCGGACGAUGCGAGGUGUGCGGAGCGUCCCGCACAUGGACCGAUGCCGGCGACACGGUGCAGGUGCGCGUGGACACCACCGCCGAAGGCGGCGAAGGAGAUCGGCAGCGCCCGCGCGGAGGCGCGGAGAAGAAUGCAUCAGCAACAAAGGCGUCUGCUCGUGUGUCCACGCUGCGCACUGGCCUCUCCCUUUACGCGGUGAGUGGACAGCGGAGAAGCGGCGCACCCGCCGCCAGCGGGACGUCAGCGCGAGACCCCGACGGCGCCGAUUCUCAGCAGCUCAUUCGAGAUCUUCGUGCCAACCUGGCGCGCCGUGACACCGCUCUGAACGAGGUACAGAUGGAGCUUGGCUCUCUGCAGCACAUCCGCCACACGCUGGAGACGGAGCUCUGUGGGCUACAGGGUGAGCUUUCGGACGUGAAAACACAGCGAGAUGCGCUGCAGGCGCGACUGACGGCGCAGGAAGGGCUGCACACCGCCACGGUCGCGCAAGCUAGCGACCUCGAAGCACAGGUGCAGCAGCUGAAGAAGGAAAAGGACGACGUGCAGAGUCAACUGACGACGGCGCAGUUGCUAUACGAGCACACCGGACCCAUGAGCAACGGCGGAUCGCCUGCAUCCGCCGCUGGAGUAGGCGGCGGCCGUGCGCACGCGCACGAGGAGGCGCUGCGAGAGCAGCUGCAGUUGUACCGGUCAAAGUGGCAGACCGCCGAAGACCAGAUGGAGCACCUGCAUGAGCGGAUCUCCCAGCUGCAGCGUCAGCUCGUCGCUGGCGGCGCAGAGGACGGGGCUACGGUGGGGCCUCUGAAGCCGGUGGCGAGCGAGCUCUGCGGUCCCGACGAGGCUGUUGUCCAGAAAGCGAAGUACAUUGCCGAUAUGGCGGCGCUUCGCCGGCAGCACCAGGAGCAGGUACAGCUCCACAUCGAAGAGGAGCAGCGACUGCAGCGGCGACUUGAGCGAGCGCAGGAGAACGCUGCCUUCCAUGAGGACCAACUGCGUCAACAGCGACAGGAUGAUGCGCGCCAGCACCACAGUGAGGUGCAGGCGCUACAGGCACAGCUCCGCACGGCACAGGGCGAACUUGUGAAAGCCCAAGAGGACCGCGAGCAUCUAGCGCGGCAGCUGCGUCGCUCCACUGAGCAGCAAACCACCGUUGAAGUACUACGCAGCCAAGUCGAUCAGCUGAAGCAGCGACUCGGUGAAGUGGGGGCAGAGCUGGCGCAGGUGCGCGGGAGAGAGAAGGAGCUCUCCCUGCAGGCCCAGCGCGAGCGUCUGGAGCGCGCCAAGGCCGAGCACGACCUGGAGGGAGCGCAGGAGAUGCUGGAACGUGAGAAGACGGAGGCCCAGUACCUGCGCGAGGAACUGAUGAUAACUCGCGAGCGGCUCGGUAUGCACGAGGCUAUGGAUGAGUCAGUGACAGGCGCGGCGCCAGCACGCCCGUCCCCCUCCUCCACACGCGCACCCAGCGCCACCGCCGCAGAGGGCGACGCGGCAACUCUCUCCUCGGAGCUGAAGGGCUACGUUGGCCUCAUGCGCGUGAACGCGGCCUUGCAGCGGCGCAUCGAGGAGCUGGAAGCGCAAGCGCUGGCUUGUCAUGGAAGCGACAUUGGAAACUGUGGCAGCAAGGCCAGCGACACAGAGAACACGCAGCCGGCACAGCCGACGGAUCCGGCACGUGAGGGACCCACAUUGCCGGAGGCGCCACCCGACGACGCCUCCCCGCCCUCGGCACUGGAGCAGCAGCAGGCGGCGCACCUUCAGGCAGAGCUUGCUUCGGCCCUACAGAGUCAGCGUGCCCUCAUGGAAAGCUUGGCAGAGGCAGAAAAAGAGCGACAUCAGCUAAUCGAAGACAACCAGACGCUCGCUGACGGCGUCGAGCUGCUCGAGAGGCAGCUGCGCAAGUAUCAAGCAAAGUUUGCGCGCAGGGCGAUCGCGGUGGACACCAGGGACACCCCUGCUGAGGCCACACCGUCUGCUCCCUCGGCAGAUGUGAAGCCGCACAUACACGCUGAUGUGGUGGUAGAGUCAAAGAGGCGCUGCCACCGAUGCGGCUCCACACAACAGUGGGACACCCGCGUGCGCAGUCGCCUGGAGACGGCCCGCGCUCAAGAUCACGAUGUACACGUGCGGAAAAGCGCAGACAGGACGCUGCGACAACCGAAGCUGCCGCAAGAGAAUGAGAGCGAGGCGACACACCCGAGCCUGCACCCUGUGUGCAGCGACUGUCGAGGCAGCUCCGGCCGCCUCACUGCGACUGCGAGCACCACACGCCCAGCAUCGGCUGCAUCCUUUGCCGCCGCGCGUGGUAUCGCCGUGACCGGGGCGGCGGGUCGCACUGAUGUUGUGCGCUGCCACUCCCCACCGUGCACGGUAGGCUGGGUCACCGAGCUUGGCCCGGUGCCCAUGUCGUGGCUUCAGUCACCAUUGCUCUCACCUCCCUCGGUACCGUCUUCCCCUUCCCUCCCACCUUCGCAGCCAUCACCGCGUGAGACUCACGGCAAUGACACCGGGCGUCCGGCUGCGGCGCAAAUCACCCACGAAAGUUCAGAAGAGCAACAGGGACGAUUUUUUCCGCCAACGCCUCGCCACCGCCGGCGCGUGCACGGAAGCAUCCUACCGCCGGUAUACUACCCCCCUCUCCUGGCACGCAGCCGUGACUAG